GCGCUUUCCGGCGGAGCCCGGCGAGAAGCGCGAGUGUAUCCGAGGUGGAGCCGGCUUCUCAGAGGCCGGGGCUGCGGUCGAGGUGCCGAGGCUCGAGGGGGUCCGGGCCGGUGGAGGCCCUGCCAGCCCGUGGCCGCGCCGGGCGGUCGCGGCCGCCUCGCCCUGCUUCUCCGCUGAGGCGCCGCGGGGCCGGGCACGGGACCCAAGCUUCAGCCGCGCGCCCAGGGGCCUCCGGGGCCCUCCGGGCUCAGCAUGCCUGGGGUGAAGCUGACCACCCAGGCCUACUGCAAGAUGGUGCUGCACGGCGCCAAGUACCCGCACUGCGCCGUCAACGGACUCCUGGUAGCUGAGAAGCAGAAGCCGCGCAAGGAGCACCUCCCCCUGGGCGGCCCGGGCGCCCACCACACCCUCUUCGUGGACUGCAUCCCCCUCUUCCACGGAACCCUGGCCCUCGCGCCCAUGCUGGAGGUGGCCCUCACCCUGAUUGAUUCAUGGUGCAAAGAUAAUAGCUAUGUGAUUGCUGGUUAUUAUCAAGCUAAUGAACGAGUAAAGGAUGCCAGUCCAAACCAGGUUGCAGAGAAGGUGGCCUCCAGAAUCGCCGAGGGCUUCAGUGACACCGCUCUCAUCAUGGUAGACAACACCAAGUUCACAAUGGACUGUGUGGCACCUACGAUCCAUGUGUAUGAGCAUCAUGAGAACAGAUGGCGGUGCAGAGACCCACACCAUGACUACUGUGAAGACUGGCCAGAGGCACAGAGGAUCUCAGCGUCACUCCUGGAUAGCCGGUCCUAUGAAACGCUCGUGGAUUUUGAUAACCACCUGGAUGACAUUCGGAAUGACUGGACAAAUCCAGAGAUCAAUAAAGCUGUUCUGCACCUGUGCUAGGCAGGGACUACAGUGACUGUUGUCUGGACACUUCCACUAUGCUGAAGAAGAAAACCUAUUUUUAAAUGUAAAUAGAAUACUUGUAGCCUGUGUGGAAAGCUGACAGUUGUAAGAAGUGGCAUGUGCCUUGAAAGAGGGCAGAAUGUCCAGUCAUCUUCUUAAUGCAGAGUCUCUAGAAGAGGUACAGACUGUCCAAUCUGACCAUCCCUGUGGAUUCUUUCCCAGUUGUAUGUUGCUAUAAUCUUCCAAAUCAAAGCUAUUUCUGCUUGUCCAAGAUCGUUCCUAUUAAACAGUUUUAACCUUUUAUAAUCUGGAGAGAAUACUUUUUAAAGUUUAUGAACUGUCUUUAAAAACAAAGCUACAUCU